AUGGGAGACGCGGCGAGCUCCUCGAGCGGGAACACUCUGGUGCUAGAAGGACGGCCCGAGUCCGAGUUCGCGCCCAUUCUCCAGACGCGGAAACAGGCCCGUCUGAUAUGUCUGGAAGAGCACGCCGUAUCCCCCUUUCCAACACCGGCAAUCUCAUCCACCUUUGGCACAUUCAAGCCGUCAUACGUGGCCGGUCUCAAAGAUCGACUGGGCGACAUCGCGCUGCGGGUCAAGAUCAUGGACGCCAACAAGAUCGGCGCGCAAAUCAUCUCCAUGAACCAACCCACGGCGCAGGCGUUCGUGAACCUGGACGAGCAGCGCGAGUGGUGCCGGCAGUCGAACCAGUUCGUGUACGAGAGCUACUGCCAGCGAUACCCGAGCCGGUUCUUCGCGUUUGCGACCCUGCCGACGCAGAGCGGCGAGGCGGCCGCGACGGAGCUGGAGCGCUGUGUCACCGAGUACGGCUUCGUCGGGGCCAUGAUCAACGGGUUCACAAACACCGCGGAUCCCACCAGGGGACUGUACCUCGACCACCCGCAGUUCGACAAGCUCUGGGAGGUCUCGGAGCGGUUGCAGAAGCCCAUCUUCAUCCACCCGCGCGUGCCGCUGGCGAGUAACAUCAAGGUGCUGGAAGAUAUGCCCAUCUUCCACGGCGCGCCGUAUGGCUUUGCAAGGGAGACGGUCGAGCAUGUCCUGAGACUGAUGUACAGUGGCGUGUUUGAUCGGUUUCCCAGGUUGAAGAUCUGUCUGGGCCAUAUGGGCGAGGGGCUAUCGUGGAUCCUGCCGAGGACGGAUACCACGUUCCGUCUUUAUACCGCUGAGGCACAAGGCCCCAAGAGGAAGCGCUUCCAGGAUUACUUCCAGCAGAACAUCCUGCCCAACACCAGCGGCAUGCCCCGAACGGCGGCCCUGAUGAACCUAAUGGCCGAGUCGAGGGUCGAGAACAUCAUGUUUGCCGUGGACUAUCCCUACGAGUCGAUCGCCGAGAUGAGAGCUUGGUUCGAGACGGUGCCCAUAUCGGAUGAGAACUGGAGGGAUAUCGGGUAUCGCAAUGCCAUCAGACUAUUCGGGCUGCCUCUUGAUUAUGACUAG